AUGGAUUCAAGAAUUUGUAUCUGUUUUUUGUUAUGUAUAAGCCUUCAAUUUAUUUACACAUUGGCUGACUCUGAUAAUUAUAUCAUUCAUAUGGAUUUAUCAGUUAUGCCAAAAGCAUUCUCAAACCAACAUAGUUGGUAUGAAUCUACUCUUUCUCAAGUUACUACUACCAACAAUAAUCUCAAGUCUACCUCUUCUAAAAUCAUUUAUACAUACAAUAAUGUUAUGAAUGGUUUUAGCGCAAAUCUAUCACCUGAAGAGCAUGAAGCUCUCAAAACCUCCGCCGGUUACAUUUCUUCAAUACCUGAUUUACCCUUGAAACUUGACACAACACACUCGCCUCAAUUCCUUGGCCUUAAUCCCUACAAAGGGGCCUGGCCAGCUUCUGAUUUUGGCAAAGAUAUCAUUAUUGGUGUAAUAGACACCGGUGUUUGGCCAGAAAGUGAAAGUUUCAACGAUCAUGGAAUGACUAAAAUACCCACAAAAUGGAAAGGUCAAUUAUGUCAAUUUGAAAAUACCAAAAAUUCAUCUUUUUGCAACAAGAAACUUAUUGGAGCUAGAUUCUUCAACAAAGGGUUCUUGGCGAAAUAUCGAAAUAUUAGUGAAACAAUUGUGAACUCCACACGUGACACAGAAGGUCAUGGGACCCACACUUCAGCAACAGCGGCCGGAAGCAGAGUCGACAGUGCAUCUUUCUUCGGUUAUGCAAAUGGAACAGCAUCGGGAAUAGCUUCGUUGUCUAGAGUAGCCAUAUACAAGCCUGUGUGGGGACCAGAUGCAGAUGCAGUAUCAUCUGAUGUAAUAGCUGCAAUUGAUGCUGCAAUAUCAGACGGUGUUGAUGUUCUUUCAAUGUCAUUAGGCUAUAGCAAUAUUCCAUUGUAUGAAGAUGCUUUUGCUAUAGCAACAUUUGCAGCUAUGGAAAAAGGUAUUUUUGUGUCUACUUCAGCAGGUAAUAGCGGACCUUCAUUUAAAACCUUACACAAUGGAACGCCAUGGGUGAUUACUGUUGCGGCUGGUACUUUGGAUCGUGAAUCUCAUGGGAAUCUUACACUUGGAAAUGGAGUCUCACUCACUGGCUUCGCUACUUAUCUAGGAAACUUCUCUGCUAGCAAUCUUCCAAUUGUUUUUAUGGGUACGUGCGAUAAUUAUACUGAACUAAUCAAAGUGAAAAGCAAAAUUGUGGUUUGUGAAGACAAGGAUGGAACUCUUUCCAGUCAUGUUUUUAAUGUGGUUGAAGCAGAAGUUGUUGGAGCUGUUUUCAUAUCAAACGCGUCAGAUUUCCUACAGUACUCGUUUCCAUCGAUCACUAUUAAUAAGAAAAAUGGUGAAAUUGUCAAAGAUUACAUACAGAGUUCCUCUAACUCUAGUUCAAUAGCAAAAAUGUCUUUUAAGAUAACAUCUUUUGAUGCUAAACCAACACCUAGUGUUGAUUUUUAUAGUUCAAGAGGGCCUGCAAAGAGUUGUCCAUAUGUUUUGAAACCUGACAUUACAGGUCCUGGUACAUCGAUCUUAGCUGCAUGGCCCGCAAACAUUCCCGUCUUGGAUUUUGGGGAUCAUAAACUCUUCAGCAAGUUCAAAUUUUUAUCUGGAACAUCGAUGUCAUGUCCUCAUGUUGCUGGUGUAGGAGCACUUUUGAAAGGAGCACAUCCUGAUUGGAGUCCUGCAGCUAUUAGAUCAGCAAUGAUGACAACAUCAGACAUACUUGAUAAUACUAAGAAACCCAUCAAAGACAUUGGAAAAGGUAACAAAGUUGCAACUCCUCUUGCAUUGGGAGCUGGUCAUAUCAACCCUAAUAGAGCACUUGACCCCGGUCUUGUUUACGAUGUUGUUGUACAAGAUUAUGUUAACCUUCUUUGUGCACUUAACUUCACACAAGAAAACAUCACUUCCAUUACAAGAUCCUCUACCAAUGAUUGUUCUAAACCUUCCUUGGAUCUUAACUACCCUUCUUUUAUCGCUUUCUUUAAUGCGGAAAACUCCUCGUCAAGAACAUCCCAAGAAUUUAGCAGAACAGUGACCAAUGUUGGCGAGGAAAAAACAACUUAUGUUGCUAGCAUUACACCAAUUGAAGGGUUCAAUGUCACUGUUAUCCCUGAUAAAUUGGUGUUCAGUAAGAAGAAUGAGAAGUUAAGCUACAAGUUGAGGAUUGAAGGCCCAAGAAUGACACAAGAGGAUGAAGUAGCUUUUGGCUACCUCACUUGGCAGAAUGAGAAGCAUGUGGUGAGGAGCCCUAUUGUAGUAACCAAUAUCCAGUAACCACCCUCAAUUUCAAUGUGUAGAUCUCUAAAAAUUAGUAUAUGAUUGAAUGUUCUGUCUAAAAUUCUGGUGCACUUUUAUUUUGUCUAAAAUUGGUUUUCAAUUUUCAUAUCAUAUCAUAUACUUGUUCUAAUAUUUUGGUCUUAAAGAGUUGUAGAAAGAAACAGUUUUCUGAAACUGGCCUACAAAAUUUUGAAUUCGCCGAUUGGAUAAAAAAAAAUCAGACUACUGAAUCAAAUGAGAUAAAACGAGACAUAUUAAUCCAAUGGUGAAAAACAUAUUUAUGCAUGAUACAAGACCAUCUUACUUGUGCGCAUUAGACAAAACCAAUUUUAUUUGAUUUCAAAAGAUCAACUUCAUAAAAAGAAGCCCUAAUUUGCAAAGGUUAUAAUAAGAUACAAGUUUUUCUUAUGCUGCACAGAAAUCGCUCUAAGCCUAAUGAAAUAGUCUCAUUUGUA